AUGGACAACAAAGAUGAUGAGGUGGUGCUUCAAAGUGUCGCCACCAUCCAGAAAGAGAAUCGCAAGUUUUGUCUGUCCGUGGAGGGACUCGGUAAUCGACUAUGCUUCCUGGAACCUACAUCUGAGGCUAAGUAUGUUCCUCCUGACCUGUGUAUCUGCUGUUUCAUCCUGGAGCAGUCCCUGUCUGUCCGGGCCCUGCAGGAGAUGUUAGCUCACACGGUGCCUAACAACGAAGGGGCGGCCCAGGGGGGUGGACACCGGACCCUGCUCUAUGGUCACGCCAUCCUCCUACGCCACUCCUUCAGUGGAAUGUACCUGACCUGCUUGAAGACGUCAAGAUCGUUGACAGACAAACUGUCAUUUGACGUGGGAUUACAAGAACAUUCAAUCGGUGAGGCAUGCUGGUGGACCAUCCACCCUGCGUCCAAGCAAAGGUCAGAGGGAGAGAAGGUCCGUAUCGGAGACGACCUCAUCCUGGUCAGCGUGUCCACAGAGAGGUACCUGCACCUGUCCAUCUCUAACGGUAGUUUCCAGGUGGAUGCCUCCUUUAUGCAGACUCUGUGGAACGUUCAGCCUACCCGGUCAGGAAGCAACGUGGCUGUGGGAUUCCUGUGUGGUGGUCACGUGAUGCGUCUGUGUCACGGACAUGAUGAGAGUCUGACCAUACCUGGAUCAGAGGCCAGCGAGAUGGAGCAGAGGAUAGUGAACUAUGAGAUGGGUAAAGGAAUUUCCAAGUCCCGCUCCCUAUGGAGGCUGGAGCCCCUCAGGAUCGGCUGGAGCGGUAGCCACAUUCGCUAUGGGCAGGCGUUCCGUCUGCGUCACCUGUCCACCGGUCACUACCUGGCGCUAACCGAAGAGCAGGGUCUGGUCCUACAGGAGAGAGAGAAGUCCGAUACCAAGUCCACCGCUUUCUGCUUCAGGGCUACCAAGGAAAAGAUUGAGUCUGGUACAAAGAACCGGGACAUUGAAGGCAUGGGAGUAGCAGAGAUCAAGUACGGGGACUCAGCCUGCUUCGUCAUGCAUGUGGCUACAGGGCUGUGGUUGUCCUACCAGACGCCUGACGCUAAAGCCUCCCGUAUAGGACCCCUCAAGAGAAGGGUGAGUUAUUACACUGAUGUAAUUGUCCACAUCCAGGGGUCGGCAGAGCCAGGGUUGAUUCAUUUCUGGAGGCUUGGCAGUGGCAUGCUGACCCUGCUGGUGAUGUGCAUCGACCGGCUCAACCUGUACAACAGCGCCGCCCACUUUGGAGAGCAUGCUGGGGAAAAGGCUGGGGCGGCAUGGAAGAACAUCCUCAACCUACUCUACCAACUACUGGCCUCUCUGAUCAAAGGGAACAGGAACAACUGCACCCAGUUCUCCAGGAACCUGGACUGGCUGGUCAGCAAGCUGGAGAGACUGGAGUCCUCAUCAGGUAUCCUGGAGGUUCUCCACUGCAUCCUGAUAGAGUCUCCUGAAGCUCUGAACAUCAUCCAGAGAGGACACAUCAAGUCCAUCAUCUCCCUGCUCUACAAACACGGACGCAACCACAAGAUCCUGGACGUCCUGUGUUCUCUGUGUGUGUGUAACGGGGUGGCUGUGAGAGCCAAUCAGAACCUCAUCUGUGAUCACCUGCUUCCCAAGAGAGACCUGCUCCUGCAGACACGAUUGGUCAAUGAUGUUCAGAGUAUGAGACCCAACAUCUUCCUAGGAGUGGCGGAGGGUUCAGCCCAGUAUAAGAAGUGGUACUUUGAGCUGAUGAUCGACCAGGUGGACCACUAUGUGACCAGUGAGCCAACUCACCUGCGUGUGGGAUGGGCCUCCACUAAGGGUUACGCCCCCUACCCGGGGGCUGGAGAGGGCUGGGGGGGCAAUGGGGUGGGGGAUGACCUCUACUCAUACAGCUUUGACGGACUCUACCUGUGGUCAGGCCGUAUCCCCCGGGCGGUGGCCUCCAUCAACCAGCACCUGUUGAACAGUGAUGAUGUGGUGAGCUGUUGUCUGGACCUGGGCGCUCCCUCCAUGUCCUUCAGGAUCAAUGGCCAGCCAGUACAGGGCAUGUUUGAAGACUUCAACACCGACGGAUUCUUCUUCCCCGUGGUCAGCUUCUCAGCCGGGGUCAAGGUGCGUUUCCUGUUGGGUGGUCGUCAUGGUGACUUUAAGUUCCUGCCCCCGGCGGGUUAUUCUCCGUGUUACGAGGCGCUACUCCCCAAGGAGAAGAUGAGGGUGGAGGCUGUGAAGGAGUACAAGAGGGAUCAUGGAGGGGUCAGGGACCUACUGGGGACAACACAGAUCCUCUCCCAGGCCUCAUUCAUCCCCACACCUGUAGACACCAGCCAGAUUGUUCUGCCUCCUCACCUGGACAAUGUGCGAGACAGACUUGCAGAGAACAUCCAUGAACUGUGGGGCAUGAACAAGAUCGAACUGGGCUGGUCCUAUGGCAAGGUUCGAGACGAUAACAAGAGGCAGCACCCUUGCCUGGUAGAUUUCACCAAGCUGCCUGAAACAGAGAGUAACUAUAACCUGCAGAUGUCUAGUGAAACUCUCAAGACCCUGUUGGCACUGGGAUGUCAUGUGACACAGACUAACAUUAACGCUGAGGAAGAUCUGAAGAAAGUCAAACUGCCCAAAGACUAUGUGAUGUCUAACGGGUACAAGCCAACGCCACUGCAGCUCUCUGAGGUGAAACUGACGGCUGGUCAGGAGGUUCUGGUCGAUAAACUGGCGGAGAACGCUCACAACGUGUGGGCCAAGGACAGGGUCAAACAAGGAUGGACGUACGGCAUCCAGCAGGAUGUGAAGAGCAGGCGUAACCCUCGCCUGGUGCCUUACGCUCUGCUUGACGAGAGAACCAAGAAGUCCAACAGAGACAGUCUGAGGGAGGCCAUCAGGACCCUGGUGGGAUACGGCUAUGACAUCGACCCCCCAGACCAAGAGGCCUGUCAUAUCGUUGAGAGGCAGAGCAUUGAGACGAUCCGGUUCUUCCGCGUAGAGCAGACGUAUGCGGUGAAGACAGGGAAGUGGUACUUUGAGUUUGAGGCCCUGACUGGAGGGGACAUGAGGGUUGGCUGGGCUAGACCAGGCUGUAGGUCAGACUUUGACCUGGGCAUGGACGACCAGGCCUACGUCUUCGAUGGAUACAAGGGUCGUCGGAUGCACAUGGGCGCACGUUUCUUUGGCCAGUCAUGGAACAAAGGAGACGUGGUGGGCUGCAUGAUCAACAUGGAGGACAAGUCUAUGGUCUUCACCCUCAACGGAGAACUUAUCAUCACUAACAAGGGAUCCGAGCUCUGCUUCGUCGACUUCGAGACAGAGGAUGGCUUCAUCCCAGUGUGUUGUCUGGCCCAGGCUGAGAUUGGCCGUAUGAACCUGGGGAAGGACGCCAGCACCUUUAAGUACUACACCAUGUGUGGCCUGCAGGAGGGCUUCGAACCCUUCGCUGUCAACAUGAACCGUGAGGUCACCAUGUGGUUCAGCAAACGCCUGCCUACCUUCGUCAACAUCCCCAAGGACCACAACCACAUCGAGGUGACAAGGAUAGAUGGGACAGUGGACAAUCCGCCGUGCCUGAAGGUGACCCACAAGACAUUUGGGACCCAGCAGAGCAACAGUGACAUGCUGUACUGCAGACUGAGCAUGCCUGUAGAGCUCCACGCUCCUCAUGUCAAUCCUGACGAGUCUCACAAACUCAGGUCAGAAACAAUUCAGCCCCCAAAGGAAGAUGAUUAUAGCAGCAUCACCACAUACUAUCACUCAGUGAGAGUGUUUGCUGGCCAGGACCCUGCGUCAGUGUGGGUUGGCUGGGUAACCCCUGACUACCAUUACCAUAGCAAACACUUCAGCCUCAACAAGACACGCACGGUUACCGUAACCCUGGGAGACGAGAGGGGACGAGUCCACGAGAGUGUUCGGAGGAGUAACUGCUACAUGGUGUGUGCUGGAGAUGUUGUCGGCUCCUCCCACUCCUCAUCCCGGUCUAACAUCGACCUGGAGAUUGGCUGUUUCGUUGACCUAGCAACAGGCUUUCUCUCCUUCACAGCCAAUGGCAAGGAGCUGGCCACAACCUACGAGUUGGAGUCCAACAGCAAGCUGUUCCCUGCUGUGUUUGUGCGUCCCACCAGCACCAACCUCUUCCAGUUUGAGUUUGUCAAGAUCAAGGACGCCAUGCCCCUGUCGUCAGCCAUCUUUAAGAGUGAGCAGCGUAACCCUGUGCCCCAGUGUCCACCGCGUCUGGACGUUCAGACCAUCGUAGCGGUGCUGUGGAGCCGUAUGCCCAACACCUUCCUCACCGUGGAGACCGCCCGGGUCUCAGAGAGACACGGCUGGGUGGUGCAGUGUCUGGAGCCACUGCAGAUGAUGGCUGUUCAUAUACCUGAGGAAAACAGGUGUCUGGACAUCCUGGAGCUAUCGGAGGUAGAGAGUCUGAGGAAGUUCCACUACCACACCCUGAUGCUCUACUGUGCCCUCUGCGCAUUGGGCAACACCCGCGUGGCACACGCCCUCUGCUCCCACCUCGACCAAUCGCAGCUGCUUUACACCAUCGACAACCAAUACCUUUCCGGCAUGCUGAGAGAGGGCUUCUAUAAUGUUCUUAUGAGCAUCCACCUGGAGACAGCGAAGGAGGCACGUCUGAUGAUGAACAACGAGUUUAUCAUCCCCGUGAUUGAUGAGACGCGCUCCAUCAAGCUGUUCCCUGACGAGUCCAAGAGACACUCUCUACCCGGGGUAGACCUCAGCACCUCUCUGAAACCACGCCUCAACUUCUCCCCUCUCUCCUUCAUCACCACCAAGAAACAGCAGCACCUCUACAGCCCCCAGAUCCCCCUGGGCAUCCUGAAGGAGAAGGCCAUCAGUAUGCUGACUGAGGCGGUGCAGGGAGGAGGCAGUCACAUCAGAGACCCAGUAGGGGGCAGUGUGGAGUACCAGUUUGUCCCCAUCCUCAAGCUGAUUGGGACCCUGCUGAUCAUGGGGGUACUCACCAGCGAGGAGGUGAGGCUGAUCCUGCUCCUCAUCGAUCCCAACGUGUUCGGGGAGCCAGAAGAUGAGGAGGCGAAGGUGGAGGAGGUGGAGGCAGCAGCAGGAGGAGGAGAGAAGGAGGAAGUGAGCAGCAACGAGGUGAAGGCUGUGGAGGCUGGUGAGGAGGAGACCAAGGAGGUCAAAAUGUCUGUGAAGGGACUGCUGGAGAAGACACUGCCUGAGUCUGUCAAACGACAGAUGUGUGAGCUGCUCCACUACUUCUGUGACUGUGAGUUGAAGCAACGUAUCGAGGCCAUCGUGUCCUUCUCAGACAGCUUCGUGUCCAAGCUGCAGUACAAUCAGAAGUUCCGGUAUAACCAACUGAUGUUGGCCCUCAACAUGUCUGCUGCCGUCACCGCCAAGAAGACCAAGGAGUUCAGAUCCCCUCCUCAGGAACAGAUCAACAUCCUGUUAAACUUUGCUGCUGGGGAGGACUGUCCCUGUCCUGAAGAGAUUCAGGAAGACCUCUACAGCUUCCACGAUGAGCUGAGACUGCACUGUGGCAUCCCAGUGGAGGAGGAGGAGGAGGAGGAAGACACGUCUAUAAAGGGUCGUCUGCUAGCCAUGCUCUAUAAGAUCAAGGGGCCGCCCAAGAAACUAGAGGAGGAACCUACAGAGCAGGAACAAGCUGCUCCCAGUAAGCUACUGCCAGGUGACAUCAUGAACAACAAGGUGUUCUACCAGCACCCCAACCUGAUGAGGGUUCUGGGGAUGCAUGAGACUGUCAUGGAGGUGAUGGUUAACGUGCUGGGAGGAGACAAGUCACAGAUAGCGUUUCCUAAGAUGGUGGCCAACUGCUGUCGUUUCCUGUGUUACUUCUGCCGCAUCAGCAGACAGAACCAGAAGGCCAUGUUCGACCACCUCAGCUACCUGCUGGAGAACAGCUCCGUCGGACUGGCAUCCCCAGCCAUGAGGGGUUCUACUCCGCUGGACGUGGCAGCGUCUUCAGUGAUGGACAACAACAGCCUGGCCCUCGCUCUGGAGGAGCCGGACCUAGAGAAGGUGGUGACCUACUUGGCAGGUUGUGGCCUGCAGAGCUGUGCCAUGCUGCUGGCUAAAGGAUACCCUGACAUUGGCUGGAACCCCAUAGAAGGAGAGAGAUACCUGUCCUUCCUCCGCUUCGCUGUCUUCAGCAAUGGUGAGAGUGUGGAGGAGAACUCUAACACGGUGGUGAAGCUGCUGAUCAGGCGUCCGGAGUGUUUUGGUCCCGCUCUGAGGGGAGAGGGGGGCAACGGCCUGCUGGCAGCCAUGCUGGAAGCCAUUAAGAUAUCAGAGGACCCUGCUCUGGACCUGCCCUCUACAGCUGAAGGAGGACCUACUGGGUCUGGUGAGGAGGAAGAGGAAGAAGUGGUCCAUACCGGGAACGCCAUCAUGUCCUUCUACUCUGCACUUAUUGACCUGCUGGGACGCUGCGCUCCUGAGAUGCAUCUGAUCAACAAGGGUAAAGGCGAGGCCUUGCGUAUCCGUGCCAUCCUGCGCUCCCUGGUUCCUACUACAGACCUGGUCGGCAUCAUCAGUAUACCACUCAAGAUGCCCAUCGUCAAUAAAGACGGUAGUGUGACAGAGCCAGACAUGUCGGCUAGUUUCUGUCCGGACCACAAGGCCCCAAUGGUGUUGUUCCUGGAUCGUGUGUACGGCGUGGAGGACCAGAGCUUCCUGCUACACCUGUUGGAGGUGGGCUUCCUGCCUGACCUCCGCGCCUCCGCUUCCCUGGACACGGAUGUGCUGAGCACCACAGAGACGGCUCUGGCCAUGAACAGGUACAUCGGUUCGGCCCUGCUUCCCCUGCUGACCAGGUGUGCUGGCCACUUCUCAGGCACAGAGCACUACGCGGCGCUCAUUGACUCUACCCUCCACACUAUCUAUCGGCUGUCCAAGGGACGCUCCCUCACCAAGGCCCAGAGAGACUCUAUCGAGGAGUGUCUGCUCGCCAUCUGCAAACACCUGCGUCCCUCCAUGAUGCAGCAGCUGCUGAGACGUCUGGUGUUCGAUGUUCCCCUGCUCACAGAAUACUGCAAGAUGCCACUCAGGCUGUUGACUGAACACUAUGAGCAGAGCUGGAAGUACUACUGUCUUCCCUCAGGGCUGGGGAGCUCCGGCAUGGCCUCAGAGGAAGAACUGCUGCUCACCAAGAAACUCUUCUGGGGAAUAUUCGACUCCCUCUCAACAAAGAAGUUUGACUCUGACCUGUUCAAGACUGGCAUGGCCUGUCUGAGUGCUACCGCUGGGGCGUUGUCACCUGACUAUGUGGAUGCCAGCCCUGGUGCCACCCUGGAGAAGCAGGCGUCUGUGGAUGCACACGGCAACUUCGACCCCAAACCCAUCAACACUGCCAAUAUCUCCCUUCCAGAGAAACUGGACUACAUCGCCAACAAGUUUGCAGAGCAUUCCCACGUCAAGUGGUCCUCAGAGAAGGUGGCAGCGGGUUGGAAAAUGGGAGAGAGUGUGGAUGAGAAGGCUAAAACUCACCCACUGCUGAAGCCCUAUAAAGCGCUCAGUGAGAAGGAGAGGGAAACGUACCGCUGGCCAGUGAAGGAGUCUCUAAAGAGUAUGCUGGCUAUGGGUUGGAACAUGGAGAGGACCAAAGAGGGAGAGGCCAUGUUCAUCGAGAAACAAAGCAAGAUCUCCGAGUCCACUCAGGUAGACAACGAUAACGAAUUCCUCCCGGAACCACCAUUGGAUCUGAACAAUAUUACUCUAUCCAGAGAGUUGCAGGGGAUGGUGGAGGUCGUAGCAGAGAACUACCACAACAUCUGGGCCAAGAAGAAGAAAGCUGAGCUGAACAGUAAAGGAGGAGGGAGCCACCCGUUGCUGGUGCCCUAUGACACCCUGACAGCCAAGGAGAAGUACAGAGACAGGGAGAAGGCCCAGGAUCUCUUUAAGUUCCUGCAGAUCAAUGGAUAUAUCAUCACCAGAGACCUGAAGGACAUGGAGCAGGACUCGUCGUCCAUGGAGAAGAGGUUUGCCUACACGUUCCUCAAGAGGAUUCUGAAGUAUGUGGACUCAGCUCAGGAGUUCAUUGCUCACCUGGAGGCCAUGGCCACCAGUGGAAAGACAGACAAAUCACCUCACGAUCAGGAAAUCAAAUUCUUUGCCAAGGUGCUGCUGCCUCUCAUAGACAUGUACUUUAAGAACCAUAGCAUGUACUUCCUGUCCUCGCCCAGUAAGAACCUGAGCAGCAGUGGCUACGCCUCUAACAAAGAGAAGGAGAUGAUCACCAGCCUAUUCUGUAAGAUGGCAGCUCUUGUCAGACACAGGAUUUCCCUCUUUGGGAGCGACUCGGCUAUUAUGGUGAGCUGUCUACACAUCCUGGCUCAUUCCCUGGAUACAAGGACAGUGAUGAAGUCAGGCUCAGAGAUGGUAAAGGCUGGGGUUAGAACGUUAUUUGAGAACGCGGCGGAGGACCUAGAGAAGACCCUGGAGAUGCUGAAGCUGGGGAAGUUCAGCCAGUCCCGGAGCCAGAUGAAGGGCUUGACCCAGAACAUCACCUACGCCACCACCGCUCUGCUGCCCAUCCUCACAGCCCUGUUCGAACACGUCACCAUGCACAACUUUGGAGUCUACCUGCUGGUGGAUGAUGUCCAGCUGUCGUGCUAUCGCAUCGUGACCUGUCUCUACUCGCUGGGCACGGGGAAACACAUCUUUAUAGAGAGGCACCUACCAGCCCUAGGGGAGUGUCUGGCCACCCUGGUAGGAGCCAUGCCUGUAGCUUUCCUGGAGCCUGAUCUCAACGCUCACAACCCCCUGUCUGUCUUCAACACCAAGACACCGCGAGAGAGGGCCAUCUUGAGUAUGCCUGACUCUGUGGAGGAGAUGUGUUCAGAGAUGCCUCGUCUGGAUCGCCUGCUGAAGGACAUCAACGACAUCUCAGAGUCUGGAGCUCGCUACACAGAGAUGCCACAGGUGAUUGAGGUGAUCCUGCCCAUGUUGUGUACAUACCUGUCCUACUGGUGGGAGAGAGGAACAGAGAACUCAGCUCCACACACAGCCUGCUGCACCACCGUGUGCUCCAACCACCUCAGCAUCAUCCUGGGGAACAUCCUCAAGAUCCUCAACAACAACCUGGGCAUCGACGACGCUCCCUGGAUGAAGAGGAUCGCAGUCUACUCUCAGCCAAUCAUCUGCAAGGCUGCAGCAGACCUACUGAGGAGUCACUUCCUGCCCACUCUAGAGAAACUCAGGAAGAAGACAGUGAAGGUGGUGGCAGAGGAGGAGCUGCUGAAGGCUGACAUUAAAGGAGACACUCAGGAAGCUGAGCUUCUCGUCCUGGAUGAGUUUGCUGUCCUCUGUAGAGACCUGUACGCCUUCUACCCAAUGCUCAUCCGCUACGUGGACAACAACAGAUCCAGAUGGUUGAAGAGGCCUGAUGCUCAGUCCAACGAGCUCUUCACCAUGGUGGCUGAGAUCUUCAUUCUCUGGUGCAAAUCACACAACUUCAAAAGGGAAGAGCAGAACUUUGUGGUUCAGAAUGAAAUCAACAACCUGUCUUUCCUGACCGGAGAAAGUAAAACCAAGAUGUCCAAGUCAGGUGGUGACCAAGAUAGGAAGCACAAGAAGCGGCGUGGAGAGUUAUACUCUGUCCAGACCUCUCUGAUCGUAGCUGCACUGAAGAAGAUGCUGCCCAUCGGACUCAACAUGUGCACCCCAGGAGACCAGGAGCUCAUCUCACUGGCCAAGAUAAGAUACAGUCUGAAAGACACCGACGAUGAGGUGAAGGAUCACCUGCGUGAGAACCUCCAUCUUCAGGACAAGUCUGAUGACCUGGCAGUGCAGUGGCAGAUGAACCUGUAUAAGGAUGUGGUGGUGGAGAGUGAGGAACAUACAGACCCAGAACAAACUGUGGACAGAGUACAGAGCAUCUCUGCUGCAGUCUUCCACCUGGAGCAGGUGGAGCAACCUCUGAGGUUGAAGAAGUGUGUGUUCCAGAAGCUGCUGUCCAAACAACGUAAACGUGCCGUAGUGGCCUGCUUCCGUAUGGCACCGCUCUACAACCUCCCCAGGCAUCGUUCUAUUAACCUCUUCGUGUUGGGCUAUGUGAGACUAUGGAUAGAGACAGAGGAGUACUCCUUUGAGGAGAAGCUAGUGCAGGACCUGGCAAAAACUCCGAUGAAGAUCGUGGAGGAGGAAGAAGAGGAGGAGGUUGAGAUUAAGCCAGACCCUCUUCAUCAGCUUAUCCUUCACUUCAGCCACAACGCCCUCACAGAGAGAAGUUUCUUGGAAGAAGAUCCGCUGUAUAUUGCGUAUGCAGACAUGAUGGCAAAGAGUUGUGCAGAGGAUGAAGAGGAGGAAGAGGAGGAAGAGGGGAAAGAGAAGACAUUUGAGGAGAAGGAAAUGGAGAAGCAGAAGAUCUUGUACCAGCAGGCCAGACUCCACGCCCGCGGGGCUGCUGAGAUGGUGCUACAGAUGAUCAGCGCCAGUAAAGGUCGACUAGGUCCUAUGGUGACCUGCACCCUCAAACUGGGCAUCUCCAUCCUCAACGGAGGUAACGUGCUGGUCCAACAGAAAAUGCUGGAUUACCUGAAAGAGAAAAGAGACGCAGGCUUUUUCAAGAGUUUGUCAGGCCUCAUGCAGUCCUGCAGUGUCCUGGACUUGAAUGCCUUUGAGAGACAGAACAAAGCGGAAGGUCUGGGGAUGGUGACAGAUGAAGGAUCCAGUAAUCUUCACCUACUUCUGUCCCCUUCCCAAGGUUCCAAAGUUCUGACGAAUGAUGACUUUACCAAAGAUCUCUUCCGGUUUUUGCAACUGCUCUGUGAGGGGCACAACGGGGAUUUCCAAAACUUCCUGAGAACACAAACAGGAAACACGUUGACAGUCAACAUUAUCAUCAGCACAGUGGACUACCUGCUACGCCUUCAGGAAUCUAUCAGUGACUUCUACUGGUAUUAUUCUGGGAAAGACAUUAUCGACGAGGCAGGGCAGGUCAACUUCUCCAAAGCCUUAGCUGUCGCAAAGCAGAUCUUCAACUCACUCACUGAGUACAUCCAGGGCCCAUGUAUUGGGAACCAGCAGAGUCUGGCCCACAGCAGACUGUGGGAUGCAGUGGUGGGAUUCCUGCAUGUGUUUGCCAACAUGCAGAUGAAGCUGUCCCAGGACUCGUGUCAGAUUGAGCUGCUCAAGGAGUUGAUGGAUCUUCAGCAGGACAUGGUGGUGAUGAUGCUGUCACUGCUCGAGGGCAACGUGGUGAAUGGAACAAUAGGAAAGCAGAUGGUGGACACUCUGGUGGAGUCCUCCAGCAACGUAGAGAUGAUCCUCAAGUUCUUCGACAUGUUCCUCAAGAUCAAGGACCUGACCACGUCUGACAACUUCAGGGAGUACGACCCCGAGAACAAGGGGGUGAUCUCCAAGAAAGAUUUCCAGAAGUCCAUGGAGAACCAGAAGCAGUACACCCAGUCGGAGAUCGAGUUCCUGCUCUCCUGCGCAGAGGCCGAUGAGAACGACAUGUUCAACUACGAGGAGUUUGUGGAGCGGUUCCACGAGCCGGCCAAAGACAUCGGCUUCAACGUAGCCGUGCUGCUCACCAACCUCUCUGAACACAUGCCUCACGAUCCCCGUCUGGCCACCUUCCUGGAACCAGCCGAGAGCGUGCUGAACUACUUCGAACCGUACCUGGGCCGCAUCGAGAUCAUGGGCGGAGGGAAGCGCAUCGAGAGGGUCUAUUUUGAGAUCAGCGAGUCCAGUCGUACACAAUGGGAGAAGCCACAGGUCAAAGAGUCCAAGAGACAGUUCAUCUUUGACGUGGUCAACGAGGGGGGAGAAAGCGAGAAGAUGGAGAUGUUUGUGAACUUCUGCGAGGAUACAAUCUUUGAGAUGCAGCUUGCGUCUCAGAUCUCGGAGCCCGACGUGGUGGAGCGCCCGGAAGAGGAAGAGGAGGAGGUGCACAACUUGUUAGAAGAGCUUGCAGAGGAAGAGGAGAAUAGCGAGCUGGAGGCUUCCUCGGCUUUCACCAUGGCCUGCAUCUCCGCCAAGAAGAAGAUCUCCAACUUCAGACAGAUGCUGACCUUCAAGAUCCUCAAGAAGCAGUACAAAAAGUCCAAGAAGCUGAGCUUGAAGGAGAUGACCAUUGGGUUCUUCUCCUUCUUCUGGACGCUCUUUACAGGGUUCUUCAAGGGGAUCUACAGCCUCAUCUUCGGAUUCUUCCACCUCAUCUGGUCAUCCAUGUUCGGAGGCGGGCUCGUCGAAGGAGCAAAGAACAUGAAGGUGACAGACAUCUUGGGUAACAUGCCCGACCCCACCCAGUUUGGUAUCCACGGCGAUGUGUUGGAGAUGGAGAAGGCCGAGGUUGGUGAUUCGGUGUCGGGCGGGACAGACCAGGCCAUCAAACCGUCGGACAAGGCAGAGCAGGACAUCUUAAUGCAGAUGAUUAAUCCCACACCAAAGAAAGGGGAAGGUUUAAAACAUGUAGAUCCUGGACUGGGAGACGUCUCUGAGACUCCUGAGACCACCGCCACUGUGGAGAAGAAGAAGGCUGUUAAAGAAACUAAAGAGUCGGAACCAGAGAAAGCAGACACAGAGAAGAAGGAGAAGGAAGACAAGGCCAAGGAGGAGGAGCCUAAAGAGGAAGUGGCUCAUGAGAAGCCCGGCCCCAAGUCCAGAAACGGCCAAUCAAAGGAUGCUCCUACUUCCUUCUUUGCCAGCUUCUUUGCAGGGCUGGAGAUCUACCAGGCCAAGAUGCUGAACACGCUGGCUCGCAACUUCUACAACAUGCGUUUCCUGGCUCUGUUUGUGGCGUUUGCCAUCAACUUCAUUCUACUGUUCUACAGGGUGACUGCCGAUGAGGAUGACUCCUGGACUGAUGAUGAUGAUGAGGAAGGUGGUGAGGAGUACUUUGUCCUGGAGGAGAGUACAGGCUACAUGGCUCCUACACUGUGUUUCCUGGCUGUGUUCCACACCGCCCUCUCUAUCCUCUGUUUGAUUGGCUACUACUUUCUCAAGGUGCCUCUGGUGGUGUUUAAGAGAGAGAAGGGGAUCGCCAGGCUGUUGGAGUUUGAAGGUCUCUACAUCACAGAGCAGCCGGCAGACGAUGACAUCACAGGACAGUGGGACCGCCUCGUCAUCAACACCCCGUCCUUCCCCAAUAAUUACUGGGACAAGUUUAUCAAACGGAAGGUCAUUAAUAAGUAUGGAGACAUGUAUGGUGCUGAGCGGAUAGCUGAGCUGUUGGGUCUGGAUAAGACCGCCCUGGACUUCGACCCGACUCAGGAGACCGUGGUGGAGGCGGCUUCUCUUGUAUCCUGGUUGAGCUCUAUCGACACCAAGUACCACAUCUGGAAAAUGGGAGUGGUGCUGACUGACAACUCGUUCCUGUACCUGAUCUGGUACGCCACCAUGUCCAUCCUGGGGCACUUCAACAACUUCUUCUUCGCUGCCCAUCUGCUGGACAUCGCCAUGGGCUUCAAGACCCUCCGGACCAUCCUGUCCUCCGUCACGCACAACGGAAAACAGUUGGUGCUGACUGUAGGUCUGUUGGCAGUGGUGGUGUAUCUGUACACUGUGGUGGCCUUCAACUUCUUCAGGAAGUUCUACAACAAGAGCGAGGACGAGGACGCACCUGACAUGAAGUGUGACGACAUGAUGACUUGCUAUCUGUUCCACCUGUACGCGGGGGUGAGGGCCGGCGGUGGUAUCGGUGAUGAGCUGGAGGACCCGGCCGGAGACCCCUACGAGCUGUGGCGUAUCCUCUUUGACAUCACCUUCUUCUUCUUCGUCAUCGUCAUCCUCCUGGCCAUCAUCCAGGGUUUGAUUAUUGAUGCGUUUGGGGAACUGAGAGACCAGCAGGAGCAGGUGAAGGAGGAUAUGGAGACUAAAUGCUUCAUCUGUGGAAUUGGAAACGACUACUUUGACACGACACCCCACGGCUUUGAGACCCACACCUUACAAGAGCACAACCUGGCCAACUACCUCUUCUUCCUGAUGUACCUCAUCAACAAGGACGAGACUGAACACACGGGUCAGGAGUCGUAUGUGUGGAAGAUGUACCAGGAGAGAUGCUGGGACUUCUUCCCUGCAGGGGACUGUUUCAGGAAGCAGUAUGAGGACCUGCUUGGGUAG